CACGCAAACAACAAAAACGCAGUGCUCGGGACCAGUUAUAUCUCAGUGUAUCACACACACGCAUAUAUUUAUACAUACAUAUGCAUUUAGUGAUGCAGUUCACACUAUUUUAGAUCUUUGCCAAUGGACAAGCAGCGAGAAAAACAAAGGACGAAAACCCAUUAGUUGAAAUUAGCUAACAUUACAUCUCAAGGACUGUUUGUGAACGAUACGAACAGACUAACGCUAAGCUAAGAAAACUGAGAGACAGUAGUACUGAGAGGAAGAAUAUGAGGCACGAUGGCUGACACUGAAGCUUACCAUGAGUACCAGAGGAUCGAGGAUGCUGAUGAGGACUCCCCUCCUGGAGAAGAGGACUUCCUUGUCCAUGUGCCGGAGGGCCUUACAGGUAAAGAUUCAUGGCAUCACAUAAAGAAUCUUGACAACUUCUUCACAAGAAUAUAUCAUUUCCAUCAGAAGAAUGGCUUCGCAUGUAUGAUGUUAUCAGAGUUCUUUGAACUCGUACAGUUCCUGUUUGUGGUCACAUUUACAACGUUCCUCUUCAACUGUGUGGAAUAUGAUGUCCUCUUUGCCAACCGGGCGGUUAACCACACAGGACAGAGUGUGUCUCCCCUUGACAGGAACAAAGUUACUUUGCCUGAUGCUCUGUUGUCCAGUCAGCAGUGCACACAGAGGAUCCAAGACAACACGUGGAUCAUCUGUCUGCUGAUCAUGGCAGCCAUAUUCUGGAUAUACCGUCUCUGUAAAGUCAUCUACAAUGUCCUCAGUUACUGGGAGAUACGCCAGUUUUACAUAAAAGCACUGAAAAUAAGUAUGGACGAGCUGUGUAGCCUCAGCUGGCAGGAAGUGCAGCAGCGUCUGAUCAGUCUCCAGCGUGAGCAGCAGAUGUGCAUCCAUAAGAAAGAGCUCACCGAGCUGGACAUCUACCACCGCAUCUUGCGAUUCAAAAACUACACGGUCGCCAUGGUCAACAAAUCUCUGUUGCCCGUGAGAUUGCACCUCCCCUUCUUGGGUGACACCAUCUUCUUCACACAGGGUCUGAAGUACAACUUUGAGCUCAUUUUGUUCUGGGGACCAGGCUCACUCUUCCAGAACAAGUGGAACCUGCAUCCCAAAUACAAGCGCACGGGGAACCGCCUGGAGCUCGCUCGGCAGCUCAGUCGUGUUAUUCUACUGACGGGCGUGGCGAAUCUUUUACUGUGUCCGUUUGUGUUGGUGUGGCAGGUGCUCUAUGCGUUCUUCAGCUAUGCUGAGGUGAUAAAGCGAGAGCCGGGCAGUCUGGGUGCACGUCGCUGGUCGCUUUAUGGUCGACUCUACCUGCGGCAUUUCAAUGAGUUGGAUCACGAGCUGCAGGGACGACUGAGCCGUGGAUACAAACCUGCAGCUAAGUACAUGAACUCUUUUGUCUCACCGCUGCUAACUGUGCUAGCCAAAAACAUGGCUUUCUUCUCAGGCUCAGUGCUGGCUGUCCUCAUCGCGCUGACUGUCUACGAUGAGGAUGUGCUCACCGUCCAACACAUUCUCACCUCCAUCACUGUGCUGGGUCUGGUUAUCACCAUCUCCAGGUCAUUCAUCCCAGAUGAACACAUGGUGUGGUGUCCAGAGCAGCUGUUACAGUACGUGCUUGCACACAUUCACUACAUGCCCGACCACUGGAGGGGCAACGCUAACAAGAACGAGACACGUGAUGAGAUGGCACAGCUGUUCCAGUACAAGGCGGUGUUUAUUUUAGAGGAGCUUCUGAGUCCCAUCAUCACACCAUUCAUUCUCAUCUUUCUCCUGCGGAGCAAGUCCCUGGAGAUCAUCGAUUUUUUCCGUAACUUCACAGUGGAGGUGGUGGGUGUAGGAGAUAUAUGUUCCUUUGCCCAGAUGGACAUCCGGCGUCAUGGCAACCCACAGUGGAUGUCUGAGGGACAGACAGAGGCGUCCGUGUACCAGCAGGCUGAGAAUGGCAAGACAGAGUUGUCUCUCAUGCACUUCACCAUAAAGAAUCCACACUGGCAGCCACCUCAGGACAGCUCUGUCUUCAUCAGCCACCUGAGGGAGAAAGUCCAGCAGGAUGCCCAGGCAGGACCCUCUGCCCAGCUACUGCUGUCUGAGGCUCCUCUCUGCUCCUCUAUUCUGUCCAGUGAGAGCAACACAGGCCCUGAUAAUCUCUUAGCUAGUGUGCUUGCUCACCCGGUGUUGACGGCGUCUGGACUACCGGGAUGGAACCGUCGGUUCAUUCCACCAAGCACAACUGCCACAGCAGCUGCCAGCAUAUUGGCCAGUCUUUCAGCAUCCCAACUCCCUCACACCCCUUACUCCAGCUCUCAUGUGGUCCUACCCUCCAGCCACCCCCAGCAAACCUCCACCUACCUCAGUGAGCUCACUGCUGUGAACAGUGACCCCAGGAUGUUUUGCCAGACCAACCCUGCCGUAGUGUCGGAGUUUGCCUCAGCAGAGAUGAGUCUGCAUGCCAUUUACAUGCAUGAGGUGCAUCAGCAAAGCUCUCAGACCCAGCCUACAGCAGGACACUUUCAGCAUGCUGUACCCAUGAGAGAUCUCAGGUCCCACAUAGUGUCAGGCUGUAAGACGCAGUUUACGCGUGUGCCAGCUCUCUCUGUGCCUGCACCACUGCAGCUCGGAGGCUGGGCAGAAGAGGAAGAGGAUGAUGAUGAGGAGGAGAUGAACAGUAUUCCAGCACGAAACCAGGACACCAGUGGUAGCUAAAGCACCUUAAAGCUUGGGGUAUAUGUUUCUCCAUCCUUGUCUUCCUCUGGCUUCUGGCCUGGUUACAACACUAUCCUACAGUGCUCCUUUCAACAACAACUUAAAUUAAAGACUAUGGAAGAAAGAACAGAUUUCUUGACUAUACCUUAAGUGUUACUACCUGCUAUAGCAUUGAUGGGAUGUUGUAUUUAGAUUUAAAGAGAAAUAAAAGCCUUACCUCUAAUGGAAAUGAAUAAAUUCAGAUCAAGAUGCUUUUGCUUACCUCCCUACUUCGCCUCCCUACUUUCAGUCAGGGAAUCCCUGCCAGAGCUGGAUCUGUCAGGACUGUAACACUGAUGUGCCUCCCUUUCAUUCACUGACUCUCUGAAUGACUUUCCCCCUCAAUAUAGUUUGUGUGAUGUAUCAGAGACGUUAUGCCAAGUCUGCCUUCAUGAGGGAAUGAGACAAUUCUCCCAUCUGAACUCACUGAAGAAUUAACAUUUUGUUAUUGGUCCACAUUA